UGCAGCAUGAUUAAAUGAAUGCAGGAUCCCAACCAUGGCUGAAACCACUCUGAAGAUCUUAUCUUCCUACUUCUAGGCAGCUCUGCUUCUUCUUCCUCUCUCUCUCUUUCUAGGGAACUUUCUGCUGUUCUCUCCUUCCUCCUGCCUCUCUACCGCUCCACACAUUCCCUUCCGUCCUUUCUUUGUCCUUCCUUCUGACUCUCUGCCUGUUGCUGCUCACUAAUCUCUCCUCUGAAACGAAGCACGGAUCUCUCCGGGGCAUGUUCCAACCCUCAGCUUGAUUACGAACGCUUCCCCGACUCCUCGGUGGCUGCUGCGCACCCAUCCCGGCAACACUCUUCUUGUCCUGCCAACCAUUUAUCCAGACUCUCCUUUCCCGUCUGUCUGUUACGGAUUUAACACCGCCUUGACAGUCGCGCUAUAUAAUCAAUACAGUACAUCCAUUCGAUUCUCCCCCGCCCCUCCGAUAAGGUCCCUCCCUAUCGGUCUCUCUGGCGCGGAUGCAGCAGCAGUACAGCUACAAACCCUCGUCCUAAUAGAACAUGAUCCGUCGCAAUUCAGACAUCGAGGUCCAGCUCCCGGAUGCCGGUAGUACCGUCGUCUCCGAACCUUCGAACAACCCGGAUGUAGAGAUGUCAUCGGACGAACCUACCCUUCCUCUGAGCCUCCCUGCCCACCUCGCCGCUCGCUUUGCCCGGAAACCCAGCGUGAUCCGUCGCUCAUCAGCAGCCUCAUCCCGUCGAAGCUCAAUAUCGUCUCUUCAUUCGCAACACUCGCAUGCGUCGGUUCAUGGCGCAUCUUCUACCGAUCACGCAGCGCAGCAUCUCCGGCGGACCUCUAUUCUUGAAAGCCGCAAGGCACGGCUUGCCGACCGCGCAUUACACGCAGAAAAGGUGAGGCUGCGUGCUGCCCUUGCGAAAGCUGCUACACGCAAUUUGCAAAGGGAGGAACGGGCUUUAGCUGCCCAGCAAGCUCGGGAACGGUUACUGGCUGAAAUUACUGCCAAGUGCGAGGAGGAAGUCCGCCGGGCGAAGAAGAAAGCCGAAGACAACCGGGAAAGGAAGGCUGCUGAGCACGCUCGGCUUCGCUUGGAGAUCGCCGAGAAGUUCGCAGAGGUAGAGAAGAGGCGGAUGCUAUACCAACAGAGCCAACGGCGCCACCGCACCAGUAGCCUGCAUUCUACGGACGAGAAGAAGAUGUCAAAGACCUCAGCGAGACUCAUCACGCGGGAUGCAGCAGCAAGAACGAUUCAACGCGCAUGGAGAACAUACCAUUCCAAAAAGGUCAUGCGAGAGUUUCUUGGCCUAGACCUGACGACCAGUCACAUCCAUGACAUGACCUUUGAGGAUGUAGGUACCCUUCUAUCGGCGGAGCCAGUCUUGAAUACUACGGCCCGCGUCCUUCGACUCUGCGGGCUGCAAGACAUGGAAAGCGGCACCAUGGGUGGUCGGGGCGCUGUGCGCACGUUUCUGAGCAGCUACUUGAUUGUCACCCAUCCUACGGAGGUUCUGAGCAGCAACGGAGAACAGGAACAGGACCUGAUUGCCAAAGCACGGGAGCUCCUCGUGGCGUUCGAGCAAGUUACUCCUCUGCUCUCCUCCGGCUGCUGCUCGCCUCUGUCCAUUUCCACCGAGCUCCAGGUGCUGUGUGAGGCAUACAGUGUCUUUUUCUCUGCGUUCCAUGCGUGGAAGACGCAUGAUUCCAGUGUUCUGAUUGAAAUCAUGCUGGCUCAGUUUAUUGAGCUGGAGCUGAUCUGGCAGACAGUCAAGGAUGAUCGCGCCGGUGGUGUGGCCGACGAUUAUCGGCAGGGGAUUAGACAGAACCAGAUUCUGCUCCUUGCCAGGCUGAAGCGUCUGGCAGGGUCUGAUCGGGCCAUGCAGAUGGUGCGCGAUGCCUUGAAGAAGGCCAAGCGUGAGAAGAAACGUACUGCCGCUAAGAAGCAAGCUAUCCCGCGGUCAGCGGAAGUUGCACCCUCCACUGAAGCUCUUACUGAGAGUGUUGCGUCUCCCAUCAGUGAGACAUUCAACAACGUGGAUAGCGCAGUCUUGAAAGAACUAGACAAACAGCGGAUUUCACCUCAUGAACGGUUCACCCGGAUUCUUACUGCCCUUCCGGAGAACCGGGCGCUGGUUCAUGAGCUCCUCAUCAACAAGGCGUUCAAGAUUGAUGAGGAACAAUAUACGGAGCCGCGCAGGCGGAUAAUGCAGCAUAUGUGCGAAAUGAUGCGCAGAGAUGUAGAUGACGGUCUGGGCACGAAUUGGACGGUCGCUAUGGCUACUGUGAUUCAGGAUCGAUUACUGCGUUCUCUUCGGCCCGGCAAUUCGCUCCACGUAUUGAUCAGCGAAGUGCUGGACCCCAAACUAAUCGAGAAUCAGUGCAAGGCUGGCGCCUUCUCGUACGAUAAAUUCUUCGAGUUCAUGAAUACCAUUCUUCCGAAGCUCUGCGCUCCUUAUCGCGACCCUGUGGUCAAGGCCUUUGUCGAGGAUACGUCCGGGGAUGCGAUCGAUCGCCUAGCAAGACUUAUGGGAAUUAUCGAUCUCCUGUCUCUUGAUCACACCAAUUUCAUGAUCCAGAUGGCGGCGCCGCAGCUCAUCCAGGAGGCGCCUGGCUACGAACAGAGAACGUUUGAGAAAGGUCUCCAAGAUGGCUCUCUGAGCCUGGGAAAGACCCGCCGUUUCUGGCGGACGUACCGAAAGGUUCUCGCAGAUGAGAUGCGGAAGCGUGAUCCGGAGAACAUUAAUGGCGAGCCGCAGCCCCCUAUGGCAAAGGUCUACGCGCAAGGAUUGGUGGAUCUGGUGCUGAGCAACGCCCCCGUGUCCGACGAGCUGAUUCCUGAGACCCUGGAGUUGGAUCGCCAGCGGCUUGGGCGGCUACAUUCUCAGGCAUUUCGGAUCGUUGCCACGGCGUCCAUACUCCUAACGGCCAAGAACCUGCUCAAACGUGACGUGCGGUCUCAGUGGAAGGCCGAGGCGGACCGAAUCCUGUCCCUCGACUUCAAUGAGAUCCAACCUGAUCGGGUCCAGUCCAUCUUAGAGUCUACCCACCCAAUGCCUCCUAGUGCGAGCGCCCAAUUGGCAGCCACCAUUCGACGAGUGCUGGCGCCAGUAGGUGCCGCCUGCGCCGCUGCCGUACCGGCGGGAGUGACGCAGACAACAGUCGAGAUUCAAACAGAACCAGACCCGUCGGGACCGUCGGCUGCCUCCUCAUCUACCGUGUCUGAACCUGCAGGAUCCAUUGGCUCUGCAGGAUCGAGCGGGAGCGCGACCAAUGCUGCCAGCUUUACGGACCCGGUGGCGCGGUUGAUCUUGUCGCGUCUACGAGCUCACAUUCUCUCUCGUCUGAGCGCGUCUAGCGCCAGUGAGAGGGUGCGGGCCACCACUACGGCUAGCCAAAGUCUGGCAGGAGCUGGUAUGCCCGAGUUCGUGACGGAGGUCGGGCAAUUGACCGAGGAGUUGGAGAAGAUGCGUGAAGUGGACUGGUUAUGUCAUGGCAUGAUCUACGAUCGCAUCUUGGCCUAGAGUGUUUUUGACUUCGAUAUGAAGCGUGAUUUCAGCUGUAUAUUUCGGGCUGCUAAGGGCUUUUCCCCCCUCUCUCUCUUUUUCUCUCUGUCUUUUGCUCUCUUUCAUCUGUUUAUUUUAUGGUCUCUUAUCUUUACUUGGGCUUCUUUGGGAGGGGUUUCUGUCUAUAACAGGAGGGUAGAAUAGGAUUUGGAGGCGCAGAGUUGAUAUUUCUGUACCUAAUGUGGACGCAUAUCUAUCUAUAGGUUUCGCAGCUUGUAUCCCCG